UCAAAUCACUAAAGAAAAACACUAACACACCAAAAUAUUAUAAGCAUAAAAAUAUAUAUUGUUUGGUCUAAAACAUACAUACAUUACACCACCGACCCAUUAACCGUGGGCCUCUAAUUCCUAUAUAGAAAAACAAAACGCCACACUUCUCACUGCUGACUCUCUCUCUCUCUUCUCAAUUCUAGCACCAAAACACCUUUAACACACCACAAACCGUCAUCAUCAAGCAACCAUCUGACCCAUCUGGCUACAACCAUGGCUGUUUCUGCACUUUCCAUGGUGGUUCUCCUAGCCAUGCUUGGCUACUCAAGUGCAUCAUAUUGUAUAUGCAACUCUGCAUUAAGUGACACAGUUCUUCAAAAGAACAUAGAUUGGGCCUGUGGAAACGGAGCUGACUGUGCUCAAAUCCUUCAAAACGCUGCCUGUUUCAACCCCAACACUGUCAAAGAUCACUGCAAUUAUGCUGUCAACAGCUAUUAUCAAAGAAAAGGUCAAGCUCAAGGGAGCUGUGACUUUGCAGGCACAGCUUCUGUCAGCCAAACAGCCCCACCUGGUGCAACUUCUGCUUGUUAUGCUGGGAGCCCAAGCUCUACAACCCCAACCACUUCAUCACCACCCGGUACCGGGACUGGUACAGGAACUGGAACGGGGACUGGAACCGGGACCGGGAUUGGGACAGGAACCGGAACAGGUACAGGUACAAACACCGGCACUGGAACCGGAACUGGAACAGGCACAAACACAGGGAUGAACCCGUCGCUAGGACUCGGUCCAUCAGGCGACACGAGUGCGGCCGAGUCUUCAAACUCAUUCACGCUGCUAACGCUUUUGGUUCCGGGUUUGAUGUUAUGGUUAAGGUUGAUCUAAGAACGGUUGGUUUCGAGUUGUGGUUGUGAUCUAUCCACUAAUCCAGAUGUAAUUUUAAGUGGUGGUUGGACUGUAGUAUGGAAUCGAUUAUUAUCAGCUGUAUUCCAUUAUAUUUUUUUUUGUAAUCUACUUUUUGUAUGUGGGGAAUUUAUGCCUUUUGAAAUGAGGCUGUCAUCUGUGAAUGAGUGUUUGUGGGGGCACUAAUCUUUUCAUUAUUC